AUGAUAGCCAGUGGUAAUGUUCAGGGUCUUUAUGUCAGCAAGGCCUACAACAACUAUGAGACCGACCAAUCGAGGGCUGUCGCUGUGGAGCUAAAAAUUAAAACUGGCUGGACCAUUGCCAUGAUCAUCUUGAUGUCUUUGGCAAAGUUCUUUACAACAGCCCGUCCUGCUCCUAUGCUACGAAGAAAAGAGGGUCUGCGUAAGCUUCAGCAAGAAUUGUUUAAGCUGUCGCAAUUGAUAUCUCAAGAGGGACCUGCUGAUAUAAAUGAGAUCUUAGAAGACUUUGAACAUGACAUCACCUCCCUGCCUACGCUGAACUACACAGUAAAAGACCUAAAAUCACUCGAGGUGAGCAGCACCUUAGCACAGCUGUACUCUGGUCUUAAAUCCUUCAUGUUUCAUCUCAACUGGUUGCAGAAGAAACAGGAAGAGUCAGAGAUUGAUUUUUCAAAGACAAUUUUUCAUAAAAUCCAGGACAUCAGCCACAUAGUGCUCACACAGAUUGGAACCGUACCUUCUGAGCUUGUCUACCCCACCCUGCCUCCUCUGAAUACAGACUGGAGAAUGUACCAGGCCUCAAUGGAGAUCCAUAAGAAACUGUUCAACUUUUGCGACUGGUACAAUAGAGCUUUAGGAUUCCUGAAAAAUAGACAAUAA